GUUUAUUGUGGGACGUGAUUCUGUUCAAACCCGGAUUAUCUUCAGUCUCCUUUGUUCCUGCUUCUCAAUGGGCUGAAACUUUGUCACAUUCACGGGAUGUUGAGUGUUCAGCAUCUCUGAAAUCCAGCAAGUAAAGAUCAUGGCUUGUGCAUCUCAGUCAGCCUUGGAUUACGUCAGGAGUGCCAGAGACCACCUGGUGAGAACAUUAAAGGGGAUUACUGAGAUUGUGGAGAAAUUGUCCACGAGAGGAUUUUUCUCAGAGGAAGAUGUGAAUAAAAUAAAGUCAGAGAGUGAUGGAUUUGACAAAACCAGCAGAAUUGUGGACUAUGUUAUAGAAAAGGGGGAAGAAGCUUGUUAUGAGUUUCUCAGGAUUAUUGAUACAACAAGGAGGACCUCUGGAGAGAGAUCACUGUCUUUUGCAGAAGAUCCAGAGUCAUCGUCCUCUCUGUCCAACAUGUUUGACCUCAACUACUGGAUCAGCUGCUUUUCCUUCAGGGAGGACGUUAACAUGGAUGUAAAAUCUUUACAAGGCCCCAGCCCGCGCCACAGAUACCAACAAAAGCUGAAAUCAGAAGCUCAAAAGAUUUCAGAAAGAUCAUGGACUCAAAGUAAAGCAGUCCUGUUCAACAAGCAGAGCUCCCUGUCCUACAUCUCACUUGUGUUAGACACACCAGGACAGGCUUCAGCAUCCAAAAUAAAAAAGUCAAAGAUCAAGAAAAGCAGGAAGCUUCGACCUAAAAAACUAAAAACGUACAUACCUGAGGACAAACAUGGAACUUCUCCGAGUGAACUCCUGAAAACAUAUGAAAGAAAAAUCCUUUUGGUAGGAAAACCUGGAACUGGGAAAACAGCUGUGGUCCAUCAGAUGUUGAAACUGUGGUCAGAGAAAGAUAACAGAGAUCUGGAUUACAUGUUCUACUUUGAUAUGAGAAUAUCAACACCCAACAUCACAGAGGUCCAUAAACUGGAGGAUCUUCUCUUCAGUGUGUUCUGUGAACCAGAUGAAGGCAACGAUGAGGUCUUAGAGGACAUGAAGGAUAAUGCUGACAGUGUUACCAUCAUUUUUGAUGGAGUUACAGAUGUUCCCUCUACAUCAACCCAGUCUGCAGUGCUGGAGCUCAUACAGAAGACUCUUCUACCUGAAGCAAAGAUCAUCAUCACCUGCAGACCAGAGGUGGAGUCAGCAGACUUCCUGUUGGAUUGGGACUGUCUCAGAGUGGAAGUGAAAGGCUUCAGUGAGCAGGGCAUCAGAGAGUACUUAUCCAAGAAUCUGAGUGAGGACCACUUCAACAAAGUUUUGUGUAACUUGGAGUUAUUCUCUCUUUGCCACGUCCCCAUGUACGCCCUGAUGGUGGUCGCCUGCUUUAGCUUUGAGGGCUCCGAUUUCUCUCCACAUCCCUGCACAGUUACUGAAAUAUACCUCAAUAUCCUCAAUUUCUGCAAUCAGAGAAAUGUUUCUAAGACACCUGAAAAUGAAAGCACUAAAUGGGAUGCAAUACUGUCUUUAUCUCAGGCAGCUUUUUGUGCAACAGAAGGGAAAAAUGUGAACCUAACUUCACUGCCCAAACUAGACAGCUGUGCUAAUUUGGCCAUUUUGAGCAGGAAUGUAAUUCAAGUCAGCCCAACUGUAAAGAAACACUUGUGUGCCUUUCUCCACUACACAGUUCAGGAGUUUUUUGCAGCUCUGUGGGUCUUAAAGGAUCCAGAGAAGACCAGGUGUGUUCUACAGCAGUGUCUGGUUCAGGGCAGCAAACACAUGAAACAUUUGGUCCCUUUCCUGUGUGGACUGUUGAAUGAGAAGAACACUGAUUUGUUAGAGAGUCUCCUUCCUCCUCAGCAGCUCAGAGACACGUCUGACUGGUUCUUCAAACACUUGGUGACCAACUUUGUAGGUUAUAGUGACCAUGAAGACUGUGAAAUGGACUUAAUGUUCUUAUGUCAAUGCCUCUAUGAGUCUCAGUCACCUGAUGCCUGCCUCUGCCUCCUGGAGAAACUGGACUACUUUAUUGAUGUGAGUGGAGAGACUCUUGAUCCUCAGCAGUGUUGUGUUCUGGCCUAUGUAAUCAGCCAGAGUAAGGAGAGGAAAAUAGAGCUGAACCUGGAGGAUACAACAGUAUCAAAACAGGGAAUGAGGCCUUUGCUGGGAUGCCUCAGUAAACUUCAAAGGAGUGACUCCUUGUCACGCCAGCUGUGGACCAUUUCUCUUCUGACUGAUGGGGACGUGGAUUACGUGAGUUUACUUGACUUCACUGAGAAUCAGCUGCACCUCCCAGUCAACAGUAAAACACAACUGUAUGACAGAGCUGUGAGAGUCCUGCAGGAGAGGAAGAGGAAGGUGAAAGUCUGCCUUCACUGUGAUCACAGAGUCUGUCAAAGUGCGAGCUCGUUCCUCUUACACCAUUUACCCCACAUCCACUCACUCAGUUUCUGUCAGUCAUCAGGAAAUCUCUCAGAUCAAACUGAGUUGUUGAUGAAUCUCUUCAUUGUAGCAGCAGAUAGAGAACAGAGGACAGGAGAGAAGAUCCUCAACAUGUUAUCAUCAGUCUGCUCUUAUCAGAAAUUCCCUCUUCAUUCUAAUUCCAAUGACAAAUAUCAGAGUGAUUUCCUGUUGGAUCUGUUCUCCCAUGUGAAGGACUGUGAGACUAAAACAGGUCUGAGUGUCCUUCCAUCAUUACAGUCAGUUUUCCAGUCAGCUCCUGCAGUCUGGUCCAUAGACCUCUCAGAGAGAAAGACCUCCAUCCUCCUGGAGGUGCUGAAACUCCAACCAGAGAAGAAACAAGUGGAGCUGAGAGGCUGCUCACAUGAAGAGAGUGAAGUGAGGAUUUUGCUGCAGUGUCUGCCUUAUAUCUCACAGCUCAGAGUUGAUGCUGAGACAUCAGAUGAAGACAGAACGAAGAUCUUUGUGAGUCUGUUCUGUGCAACAGCAGAGAGAGAGCAGCAGACAGGAGAGAAGAUCCUGGAGCUGUUAGCAUCAGUGUGCAGAUACAAAAACAGUCCUCUUAAACAGAAAUGGUGUGACUUCCUCCUGGACCUGUACUCUUAUGAGACUAAAACAGGUCUGAGUGUCCUUCCAUCAUUACAGUCAGUUUUCCAGUCAGCUCCUGCAGUCUGGUCCAUAAAGCUCUCAGAGAGAAAGACCUCCAUCCUCCUGGAGGUGCUGAAACUCCAACCAGAGAAGAAACAAGUGGAGCUGACAGACUGCUCACAUGAAGAGAGUGAAGUGAGGAGUUUCCUGCAGUGUCUGCCUUAUAUCUCACAGCUCAGAGUUGAUGCUGAGACAUCAGAUGAAGACAGAACGAAGAUCUUUGUGAGUCUGUUCUGUGCAGCAGCAGAGAGAGAGCAGCAGACAGGAGAGAAGAUCCUGGAGCUGUUAGCAUCAGUGUGCAGAUAUCAAACAUUCCCUCUUCAUGAGAGACACUUGCAUUAUUAUGAUGAUGAUGAUGAUGAUCUGAAGCAAUAUCGCCUUGACUUCCUAUUGGAUCUGUACUCCCAGAUGAAGGACCACGAGACUAAAACAGGUCUGAGUGUCCUUCCAUCAUUACAGUCAGUUUUCCAGUCAGCUCCUGCAGUCUGGUCCAUAGACCUCUCAGAGAGAAAGACCUCCAUCCUCCUGGAGGUGCUGAAACUCCAACCAGAGAAGAAACAAGUGGAGCUGAGAGACUGCUCACAUGAAGAGAGUGAAGUGAGGAGUUUGCUGCAGUGUCUGCCUUAUAUCUCACAGCUCAGUUUUGAUGUUUGUAAUCGUCAUGAAGCAGUCAGGUUCUUUGUGAGUCUGUUCUGUGCAGCAGCAGAGAGAGAGCAGCAGACAGGAGAGAAGAUCCUGGAGCUGUUAGCAUCACUGUGCACAAAUGAAACAUUCCCUCUUCAUGAGAAAUACUCUGAUUAUGAUGAUGAUGAUGAUUAUGAUCUGAAGCAAUAUCAGAGUGACUUCCUCCUGGACCUGUACUCUUAUGAGACUAAAACAGGUCUGAGUGUCCUUCCAUCAUUACAGUCAGUUUUCCAGUCAGCUCCUGCAGUCUGGUCCAUAGACCUCUCAGAGAGAAAGACCUCCAUCCUCCUGGAGGUGCUGAAACUCCGACCAGAGAAGAAACAAGUGGAGCUGAGAGGCUGCUCACAUGAAGAGAGUGAAGUGAGGAGUUUGCUGCAGUGUCUGCCUUAUAUCUCACAGCUCAGUGUUUAUUUGGAGACUCAAGAUGAUGAAAUCAAGCUCUUUGUGAGUCUGUUCUGUGCAGCAGCAGAGAGAGAGCAGCAGACAGGAGAGAAGAUUCUGGAGCUGUUAGCAUCAGUGUGCAGAUAUCAAACAUUCCCUCUUCAUGAGAGACACUUGCAUUAUUAUGAUGAUGAUGAUGAUGAUGAUCUGAAGCAAUAUCGCCUUGACUUCCUAUUGGAUCUGUACUCCCAGAUGAAGGACCACGAGACUAAAACAGGUCUGAGUGUCCUUCCAUCAUUACAGUCAGUUUUCCAGUCAGCUCCUGCAGUCUGGUCCAUAAAGCUCUCAGAGAGAAAGACCUCCAUCCUCCUGGAGGUGCUGAAACUCCAACCAGAGAAGAAACAAGUGGAGCUGAGAGGCUGCUCACAUGAAGAGAGUGAAGUGAGGAGUUUGCUGCAGUGUCUGCCUUAUAUCUCACAGCUCAGUGUUCUUCCUCUGAGGUCACUUCGUCAUGAAGCAGUCAGGAUCUUUGUGAGUCUGUUCUGUGCAGCAGCAGAGAGAGAGCAGCAGACAGGAGAGAAGAUCCUGGAGCUGUUAGCAUCACUGUGCACAUAUAAAACAUUCCCUCUUCAUGAGAGACACUUCUAUGAUAAGAAUCUGAUGCAAUAUCGUCUUGACUUCCUGUUGGAUCUGUGCUCCCAUGUGAAGGACUAUGAGACUAAAACAGGUCUGAGUGUCCUUCCAUCAUUACAGUCAGUAUUUUCAGCUCCUGCAGUCUGGCCCAUAAAGCUCUCAGAGAGAAAGACCUCCAUCCUCCUGGAGGUGCUGAAACUCCAACCAGAGAAGAAACAAGUGGUGCUGACAGGCUGCUCACAUGAAGAGAGUGAAGUGAGGAGUUUGCUGCAGUGUCUGCCUUAUAUCUCACAGCUCAGAGUUGAUGCUGAGACAUCAGAUGAAGACAGAACGAAGAUCUUUGUGAGUCUGUUCUGUGCAGCAGCAGAGAGAGAGCAGCAGACAGGAGAGAAGAUCCUGGAGCUGUUAGCAUCAGUGUGCAGAUAUCCAACAUUCCCUCUUCAUGAGAGACACUUCUAUAAUGAUGAACUGAAGCAAUAUCGUCUUGACUUCCUAUUGGAUCUGUACUCCCAUAUGAAGGACUAUGAGACUAAAACAGGUCUGAGUGUCCUUCCAUCAUUACAGUCAGUUUUCCAGUCAGCUCCUGCAGUCUGGUUCAUAAAGCUCUCAGAGAGAAAGACCUCCAUCCUCCUGGAGGUGCUGAAACUCCAACCAGAGAAGAAACAAGUGGAGCUGAGAGGCUGCUCACAUGAAGAGAGUGAAGUGAGGAGUUUGCUGCAGUGUCUGCCUUAUAUCUCACAGCUCAGGAUUAAUGUUUACAAUCGUCCUGAAGCAGUCAGGAUCUUUGUGAGUCUGUUCUGUGCAGCAGCAGAGAGAGAGCAGCAGACAGGAGAGAAGAUCCUGGAGCUGUUAGCAUCACUGUGCACAUAUCAAACAUUCCGUUUUUAUGAGAAAUACUUCUAUGAUAAUAAUCUGAAGCUAUAUCAUCUUGACUUCCUGUUGGAUCUGUGCUCCCAUGUGAAGGACUAUGAGACUAAAACAGGUCUGAGUGUCCUUCCAUCAUUACAGUCAGUUUUCCAGUCAGCUCCUGCAGUCUGGGUCAUAAAGCUCUCAGAGAGAAAGACCUCCAUCCUCCUGGAGGUGCUGAAACUCCAACCAGAGAAGAAACAAGUGGAGCUGACAGACUGCUCACAUGAAGAGAGUGAAGUGAGGAGUUUGCUGCAGUGUCUGCCUUAUAUCUCACAGCUCAGAGUUGAUGCUGAGACAUCAGAUGAAGACAGAACGAAGAUCUUUGUGAGUCUGUUCUGUGCAGCAGCAGAGAGAGAGCAGCAGACAGGAGAGAAGAUCCUGGAGCUGUUAGCAUCAGUGUGCAGAUACAAAAACAGUCCUCUUAAAGAGAAAUGGUGUGACUUCCUCCUGGACCUGUACUCUUAUGAGACUAAAACAGGUCUGAGUGUCCUUCCAUCAUUACAGUCAGUUUUCCAGUCAGCUCCUGCAGUCUGGUUCAUAAAGCUCUCAGAGAGAAAGACCUCCAUCCUCCUGGAGGUGCUGAAACUUCAACCAGAGAAGAAACAAGUGGAGCUGACAGACUGCUCACAUGAAGAGAGUGAAGUGAGGAUUUUCCUGCAGUGUCUGCCUUAUAUCUCACAGCUCAGAGUUGAUGUUUGGAAUUGUCAUGAAGCAGUCAGGUUCUUUGUGAGUCUGUUCUGUGCAGCAGCAGAGAGAGAGCAGCAGACAGGAGAGAAGAUCCUGGAGCUGUUAGCAUCACUGUGCACAUAUCAAACAUUCCCCAUUCAUGAGAAAUACUUGGAUUAUUAUGAUUAUGUUCUGAAGCAUUAUCAGAGUGACUUCCUGUUGGAUCUGUACUCCCAUGUGAAGGACUGUGAGACUAAAACAGGUCUGAGUGUCCUUCCAUCAUUACAGUCAGUUUUCCAGUCAGCUCCUGCAGUCUGGUCCAUAAAUCUCUCAGAGAGAAAGACCUCCAUCCUCCUGGAGGUGCUGAAACUCCAACCAGAGAAGAAACAAGUGGAGCUGACAGACUGCUCACAUGAAGAGAGUGAAGUGAGGAGUUUGCUGCAGUGUCUGCCUUAUAUCUCACAGCUCAGCUGUGAUCCAGAGUUCUUCCAGAGUGUGUGCACAUCCAUGUCUGUAAGAUCCAGAGAGGAGUCCCAGCAGCUGGAGUCUCUGCUGCAGCUGCUGGGCUUCCAGCUGCUGCUAACAGCAGAGUUACACAGUAAAAGCUGCUGGUCUGUGGGGAGAGUUCUCAGACUGUGUGGCUCUAAAGUGGAUCUCAUCCUCACACCCAGCAAGAUGUCUGCCAGAGGAGGCGCUCUGCUCUUCAGACACACAACACAACUACACAGUCUGAGGCUUUCCAUCGACAUGUCCUUGCUGCUGUCUCAGUGGGUAAGAAGAGGCACAGCAGCCUGUCGGCUGGCUGUUGAAGAGCUUUCUCUUGUGCCUAAGAAAGCCCGACCAUCACACAGAGUAAUGUUGAGGACUGUCAGUAGUUUGGCUUCCCUGCUGAGAUACUGGACAGUCGGACGGUUAGACCUGACUGAGACCUGCAUCCCUGCUCAGGGUCUCAUUGCUCUGCUGCUCCAUGAUGGUCCUCUAACAGUCAAACUGAGUGAAGAGAGCUUCCAGCAGCUUCUGUCUCUCCUCCAUGAAACCCAGGACAAGGACUUGACGUUGUCCUUCUUGAGUAAGGUUGGUGGAGACCUGACCUCCUGCUGUCUGAGCUGGGAGCUUCUUCACUAUCUGCUGCAGCAGCCGUCAGCUCAGACCAUCACUGUGAACCUGAGGAAGAACCUCUUCUUACAGGAGGAAACCACACGUCUGCUUCCCUUUCUGGACAGGAUUGUGUUUAAAAGGCCCAGUCCCAGCUUUGUGAUGAGCUCCAUCAGAGAGAUCUACAGAGCUCACAACAGUCACGCUGUACCCAGUUUGCUGAGGUCACUCGGUCCUGUGAUCAACCUGAGCUGCAGAAAGCUGGACUCAGUGGACUGUGCUGCUCUGAUCUUCAUCCUCAAACAUGGAGACGGAGUCAGACUGAACCUGCUGUGGACCUCCAUACCAGCAGAGGGAGUAGAGUCCAUCCUCCUCAUGCUGGACAACGUUUCUCAUCUCAGUGUUGACAGGAACCAGCUGCUGAGGUUCAUCCACUGCUGUGCUGCCUGUGACGUCCAGCAGGAGGCAGCGUCAGGUCUGCUGAGGACUCUGCAGCACAGCUUGGAUCUGUCCUGCUCCUCCUGUGUAGAGCCACCAGAGGAGGAUCAGCCUGAGCCUCUGAGUCUGACUGCUGAUGACUGCAGGGCCGUCUCCACCAUCCUGACACAGGGCAGCCAGGACACACAGCUGGACCUGCGAGACUGUGAGGUGGAGGACAGCGUGUUGGACCUGCUGUUUCCUGUCCUGCACAGGGUCCGCCUCAGAGUCAGUAAAACUGUCCUCCUCCAGCUGCUGUCUCUGGUUCCUGUGAACAGUGAGAGGGAAACAGUGAGGCGGGCGGUGUCCCUCUGUACAGCCCUGGGUGGAGAGCUGGAUCUCAGUCACAGCACACUGGAUCAGAGGGUCUGUGGGGCUUUGGUCCAGAUGCUGGACUCGUGUGAAGGGCUGACAGAGCUGGACCUCAGUCACUGUCAGCUCACUGACCAGCUGCUGCUCCCUCUCAUCACACAUCUGCACAAAGUCCAAGUCCUGGAUCUGAGUCACAAUCAGAUCACUGAUGCUUCGACUGAUGUGUUACUGCAGCUGCUCUCCAUCAACCCCUCCAUCCACUCUGUGCGACUCUUCAGCAACAACAUCGUGCACAGAGCAGCCUUCAAGGAACACACGCAGUUUGAGAUCUGGUGAAGCGCUCGGCAUCAUCACCAUCGUCAUUAUCAUCAUCCUCUUG